AUGAACCCGAAAGUGAACAGGCAGAGGAUGUGUCAGGUUAUGUUUGAGGAGUAUGGGUUUCAGGGGGUGUAUGUUGCUAUUCAGGCUGUGUUGACGCUUUAUGCGCAGGGUCUGACGACGGGUGUUGUCGUCGACUCGGGAGACGGCGUAACGCACAUCGUGCCCGUGUACGACGGGUACGCGAUGCCGCACCUCACGCGGCGAUUAGACAUCGCUGGGCGGGACGUGACACGAUAUCUGAUCAAGCUGCUCCUUAUGCGCGGGUACGCGUUCAAUCGCACGGCGGAUUUCGAGACGGUCAGAGAGAUCAAGGAGAAGUUACCUUAUGUUAGUUAUGAUCUUGAACUUGAUACGCGUCUUUCAGAGGAGACUACGGUGUUGGUGGAGAGUUAUACUCUCCCAGACGGACGUACCAUCAAAGUCGGCGCAGAACGAUUCGAAGCCCCAGAAUGCAUGUUCCAGCCUCACCUAGUCGACAUUGAACAGCCCGGUAAAUGCUAUUCCAAACAAUUCAAACCGCACCAGUGGACGGAGCUCUACAAACACGUCGUCCUGUCCGGUGGAUCAAGCAUGUACCCAGGUCUUCCGAGCAGGUUGGAAAAGGAGAUGAAGCAGCUUUAUUUGACGAGGGUGUUGGGUGGGGAUCCGGCGCGGUUGAAUAAAUUCAAAAUCAAGAUCGAAGAUCCCCCUCGCAGGAAACACAUGGUUUUCCUUGGAGGUGCGGUGUUGGCGGAUAUUAUGAAGGGCCGUGAGGACUUUUGGAUAUCACGCGAGGAGUGGUUCGAGAAGGGCGUUGUGUCAUUGGAUAAAUUGGGGAGGGGGGAUAAUUAAUUAUAAGUUGGGAG